AUGACCAUCCUAGAUGUGAAUUUCUACAUUGUAAAACCUUUGACUAAAACUGGUAUUGCUUUGUUGUAUGACGAAGUGUCUGAAAAUGCUUAUGACAUCCGACUGAAGCUCACAAAAGAGGUAUUAACAAUUCAAAAACAAGAUGUCGUCUGUGUUAGUGGAAGUGAUCACAGUGCAAAUCACAGAACUGUUACACUUCGUAGACAACCAGUUGGUGGCUUGGGCUUAAGCAUAAAGGGUGGUGCUGAGCACAAAGUGCCUGUCGUCAUAUCAAAAAUGUUUAAAGACCAAGCAGCUGACCAAACAGGAAUGUUAUUUAUAGGGGAUGCAAUAAUGCAGGUUAAUGGUAUUAAUGUAGAAAGUGCUACUCAUGAAGAAGUGGUACACCUACUGCGAAAUGCUGGCGAUGAAGUUACCAUCACUGUUCAGUACCUCAGGGAAGCUCCAUCAUUUUUAAAGCUUCCAUUAGGUUCCCCUGGACCAUCCAGUGAUCACAGCAGUGGAGCUUCAUCACCUCUCUUUGAUAGUGGCUUACAUUUAAAUGGAAACUCAAUUAAUACUGCUCCAUCAUCACCUUCUUCACCCAUAGCUAAUGAACCAAAAUAUGAGAAGCGCUGGCUAGACACCUUAUCAGUUCCUCUGUCAAUGGCUCGAAUCUCGAGGUACAAAGCUGGAACAGAUAAAUUAAGAUCUAAUGCAUUUGAAGUGCUGGCACUCGAUGGAGUUAGUACUGGGAUACUUCAGUUUUAUACAGCCCAGGAGAGUGCUGACUGGCUGAGAGCAAUAUCAACUAACAUCAGUGAUUUGACACUUCAAAAUAUGAAAAUGGCAAAUAAAUGUUGUUCUCCCUCAGACCAGGUCAUACAUAUGGGAUGGGUACAUGAGAGACUUGAAGGAACUGAUUCAUCUCAGCUCUACAAAUUCAAGUUUCUGGCACUGAAGGGUUCAUCCUUCUACAUUUUCAGUACUCCACCGGUAAGCACACUAGACUGGGUACGAGCUGAAAAAAUCUAUAACCUCUGUGAGGUUCUAUUUAAAAUUCACAAGCUCUGGCUUGCUGAUGAUUGCUGGCUACAAGCAAACUUGUAUUUAGGUAUUCAUCAGGACUUUGAUCUUGAAGACCACAGGCCAUAUUGUUUCAGUGUUAUGGUUGGACAUGGCAAGAGUCAUUAUUUCAAUGUAGAGCUAUGCAGCGAGCUGGCAGUGUGGGAGAAAUCAUUUCAAAGAGCAAUUUUCUUGGAAGUUCAAAGAACGGGGUCUAAAACGUAUGUGUGCAGUUGGCAAGGGGAUACCCUAUGUUUCACUGUUGACUUUGCUCUGGGAUUUACCUGUUUUGACAGUAAAACAAAGAACGUGCUGUGGAGAUUUAAAUUCUCUCAGCUCAAAGGCUCUUCAGAUGAUGGGAAAACAAGAGUAAAGCUGCUUUUUCAGAAUCUAGACACCAAACAAAUUGAGACAAAGGAACUUGAAUUUCAGGAUUUGACGGCAGUAUUACACUGUAUUCACUCCUUUAUAGCAGCAAAAGUGGCAUCUGUGGAUCCAGUAUUCAUAGACAGCCAGAGCAUUGCAAGAAAAUAUAUGUACAGUAACUGAUAUAAGAUUAUAUGUUAUGAUUAUGGAAAAUAAAUUAUUUUCUUAAAGAAAGUAGUUAUUUCAUGCACAAUAUUGCAACUUUGUGAUUUUCUAAGUCUAUAGUUGUGUUAUCUGUAAUGUUAACAGUUUUCACAAUCUGUUCAAAAUUUUGAAUCUAUGAGUUAACAAAUAUUAAGUCAAACUGAAUCAGUUUGUUGUCUUCGGCAUUAAUGUAAAAUUCUGAGCAAAUAUUCAUUCAAUAGCAUUUGUGGUGUCAUUUUGAUUUCUGUUCUUAUGGUCAUACAUAACCCCCCUUAUCAGAUAAAAACAUGAAAACUUUGAAAAGUGUGUGUCCAAAGUUUGGCCUCUUAAGUGCAUUUUGAAAAUUGCUGCAGCCCUCACUGUAGAAAAGAACUGAUUAUUCUAGAAAACUGCGAUAAGAAUUGAUCUUUCAUCUUGCUUUGGUAUGUUUGAAAAGUAUAAUUCCUUAGUGCAGUUCUUUGGAGGCCUGAGGGUUAGCUGGGGCAAAACAUGAUGUACUCUAUUUGAGAUUAAGGAAAAGGCAUAAGCAGGCAUUUGACAUAACUAUAAGCACCGACCUGUAGGGUUUUCUUAUAUAUUAUUGAAGUUUCCAUGAAUCAAUCAUCUAAUCAUUCAUAGAUUGCCUUGACAUUAGCCUCAGAUGCAAUGCUGUGUAUGGUUGCAGACAUUCUUCAGUGACUUCUUUGCUUGGCAGAGGAUGCUGUCAGUAGGGUGAUAGCUGGACAUAAAGAUUUUUCUAGCCCACCUAACUUUUUUUUCCUUCACCUCUAAUCCUGAUUUACAUACAUGCUUAAAAACAAAUGAAAAGAGUUUCUCCUUGCUAAGAAAAUAAGACAGCUCUACUUUUAGCAUAUUCCUAACAUUCCUAUUGAAAUCAGUUUUUUACUUGCACAGAAAACAUCCUGAUACUGAAAAAUUUUAAAGGGAAGACAUUUUAAUCUUAGUGGUAAGUGAUGCCAAGUAUUCCAGACUUGUCAUGGAAGUCUCAGUUGUUCUUAAGUGCAGUUUUGAGUCAGCAU